AGGAAGAGUCCCACUAGAAAAUUGGCAACACACUUUCUCCUUCCAUAAAAAGAAAAUUGGCGUCCUAGAGAUGAGAUGAAGAGUUAAAAUUGCCUGGACACGGUUUCAUUUGCAUCAUCUAUGGCCACGUCAGCGCCACCGUAGCCAAGUGGAGACGGUCGACAUCGGAGAUGGGAGAGCGGACGAGGCUGGUGUUGUGGGACUUUGUGCUGUCCGCGAUGUGGGUGUGGUCAGGCGUUGUUGUGAGGAUUCUCGUCUUCGAUGUGAUGCAAGUGGGUCGCCAUCACGGUCACCUGGCUGCGGAGAUUGUGAAGAUGGGGCUCUCUGUGGCCACCAUGUUCGUCUUUGCCUUCCUUUCCAAUGCCACACGUGGUGGGGCCUACAACCCCCUAACCGUUUUGUCCUCUGCCUUCUCUGCAGGCUUCCGAAGCUUCUUUUACUGUGUUGCUGCCCGGAUCCCCGCUCAGGUGCUUGGAUCUAUAAUUGGAGUUAAGCUUUUAAUUGAUACCAUUCCUGAAGUAGGACGUGGACCGCGCUUGAACACUGACAUUCAUCGGGGUGCCUUGACAGAAGGGUUACUAACAUAUGCAAUUGUGACCAUUUCUCUUGGUCUCACCACGAAUCUUCGUGGAGGUUUCUUCAUGAAAACAUGGAUAUCCAGUCUCUCGAAGCUAACACUUCAUAUACUUGGCUCGGAUCUUACUGGUGGUUGUAUGAACCCUGCCUCUGUAAUGGGGUGGGCUUAUGCUAGAGGAGAUCACAUAACAAAGGAGCACAUUCUUGUGUACUGGAUUGCCCCCAUAGAGGCAACUAUAUUGGCAGUUUGGACAUUCAAAUUGUUAGUGCAGCCGGUUAAACAAGAUAAGACUGCCUCGAAAACUAAAUCGGAUUAAGCUUUGUUACUAUUUUUGUGCUAAAUGUGUGAUUCUUCCUUAGCUUUCAAUUAAUAUUUGGGUAGUCUAGUUGGUUUGGGAUAAAUGUACAUCAAGCUUAGGUGAUUAACAAUCAGUAUGUGUUGCGGCAGCUAUUGUUUUUGUGCAAUUCUAAAUAUUUUCUAGUGCUUGAGUUAAUUGGAAUCCUUGCAUGCAUCUCUUGGAUUCUUAUGCAUGAUUCACGCGUUGUACUCUCCCACCUAACAGAUUGUUGGGCAUUAACAGUGUGUAAAAUCCAUCUUUUUUUUAAUUUUUUUAAAAGACAAUUUUUCUUCU